GCACAUGGGAAACUUGCAUAGACUUUGGAUAAAGCCCCGUUUCAUCAGUUUCUGAUGUGAACUUUUCACAUAGAUUUCUUUUGUGACCGAGAGGUAAUUUGUCACGGCAAUGGCGGAUGGAACUGCCACAGAGGUCGCGACGCCACUUCUAUUGUCCCACGAUGAGAAGCGAAUCCUAGAAUUACACGAUCGUCUUCAGCAGGUCCAAUUAGAAAUCGCCUUGUUGACAGCUCAGAAGAAUUACAACCCGAACACAAGUACGUCCUCGAAAAAUGGAAGUAUAGAAGCAGCCCAGAAGGCUCUUCUCGAUUCUAGGUCUAAAUACGUGUUGCGGAACCAGGUGGUGGAAAGCGUUGUGGCUGCCAAUCCAAUUCUACAGGCAGUCCACAAUGGAACGAAGGCAUCACCCAUAGAAAGGGAUUUGCUUCCCGCCUUGGAACAGCGCGAUCAGUCGUCUUCAAUAUUGUCGCAACAGUCUACAGAGUUACGGGGUUUACUAGAUGAGAUCACCAACGUAGAAAGCGAAAGCCUGCGUCUUGGCCGCGAAAAUGUGGAUCUGGCGGCGAAGCUGCUCGAUCUUGCCGAGCAGACGGAUCGGGACAAGGCGGAGGCUAUCAACAUGGUCCCGGAGCGGGCGGCCGAGAUCUCGCGCCUCGAAGACCAAGUCAAGCUGAGUAGACAGAGGUGGAGGGUCUUGAAAGGCACUGCGAGCGCGGUGGUUGCCGGGAGCGGAGUUGAUUGGUCUAGGGAUGCUGAGCUGAGGGAUAUAGUACUCGAUCCUGAAAAUGACGACGAAGUAUGACCGAGAAAGGACAGCUGAAAAGUCUGUAAAAUAAGAUGGAAAGAAAUAGUUGUUCAAUGAUACCCAUGAGCAAUA